AUGCAUCUUCUCGAGUGCGACCGGAAGAUUGUUGGUCUGGACUGCAUGCUCUGUUGCAUGGUCUGCCCUCCUGUUAUUUCCGUUGGCGAGCGUAUCAGUCCCUUUUUGCCGCUCGGUCUGGGCCAGUCCUCAAAUCACAUCACUGUCGAUGAAAGCCACGAGCUCGAAUCUGGGAUUCCGAAUAUCUUCACGAGCAAGCUUAGCAUUGCUGGCCACGGGACGGCGUUACCGUUCAGUUGGGUGUCCGGUCUCACAACGGUCGCAAAGACCAGGGGCCGACGAUGCCACGCAUGCGCAUGCUGGGAGCUGCGAACACCUGGUGCUCCGUCUCCCGCAGUCCCGAUCGAACCUAUGACUAGGCAGCCGGGAUAG